AUGACAGAAAUCAAAAAAUUGGUUUGUAUUCCAGGGCAAAGACUUACUUAUGCGAAUCAAGAGUAUGUGUCAGGUCCUGGAACCAUUGAAAGAGAUGGGUUUAUAAGAUCUACUUUAGCUGGUUUUGUUCAAAUAGAAAAACAACAGAAAAAUUCUAUUGUUACAGUCAAAAAUUAUAACCAACAAACGGUGGUACCCACACCAGGAGAUAUAGUGACUGCUAAGAUUAUGACUGUUUCUCAUUGGCUUUGUAAAUGUGAAAUUAAAGGAGUGGGGGAAGUCAUAUUAACAAGACCUUAUAGAGGUUUACUUCGAAAAGAAGAUAUUAGAGCAACUGAAAAAGACAAAAUAGAAGUUUAUAAAUGUUUUAGACCUGGAGAUAUAAUUUUAGCCAGAAAAUUCAUAAUUUUAACGAUAGUCAUUAAAAAAUCACAUUGGUAUAUGCUAUCAACAGCAGAAAAUGAAUUAGGAGUAGUGAGUGCUUAUGGUGAAGCUGAUGUUCCUUUAAUACCGAUAAGUUGGACUGAAAUGCAGUGCCCAAAAACUUACACUAUAGAAAAUAGAAAAGUUGCCAAAAUAAUGCCAGUGUCAUGUCUUUCGAAUAACGAAUCAAAUAAAACUUCAUAA